AUGUCGCUGCUCGGCAAAGCGCGAGGCUCACGUGAUUCGAUUACGCGCCCUGUGAUUGGCCAAUGCCUAGGAGAACUGGGCACCUUUCCACCCGAAGCAGCUCAUCUCACAAAUCCCUCGACAACAGGCCACCACUUCCUCUCCAUCCGCUUCACCACCAACCCCGACCGAACCGCACCGAACCGUGUCGCCAUGUUUAUGCAACGCACCGCCAUCGCCGCGGCUCGCCGUGCUGCCAUCAAGCCCGUCGUCGCCCGCUCCUUCGCCACCUCCUUUGUCCGCCGCGAAGCCGCCAAGGGCCCUUCCACCCCUAGCGAGCAGGCUGCGGCCCUCGCCCACGACAGCAGCAAGACUGUCGGCGCCUACAAGACCUUCAACCAGAUCAAGACUGAGGACGAUCUGAUGGGGCCUGGCGCCAAGGCCGGCACCGUCCCUACCGACCUGGAGCAGUCGACCGGUCUCGAGCGUCUCGAAAUUCUCGGAAAGAUGGAGGGUGUCGAUAUUUUCGACAUGCGCCCCCUCGACUCCAGCCGCAAGGGUACGAUGGAGAACCCCAUCUCCGUUCGCUCUGCCGGCGACGAGCAGUACCUCGGCUGCACCGGCUACCCUGCCGAUUCCCACGUCGUGACCUGGCUCGGCAUUUCCAAGGAUCGCCCCAUUGAGCGCUGUCCCGAGUGCGGCAGCGUCUACAAGAUGGACUAUGUCGGUGCCGAAGACGACCACCACGGCCACCACCACGCUCCCGAGUACCCGGAACCCCAGACUUUCGCUGACUACAUUAAGCCUGAGUACCGCUACCGAUGA